CGCCACGAUCUCAAGUCAACUACUUCAACUUCUCGUCUUUGUUCUCUCCCUCCGAUCCUGCAAUGCACUUUCCUUCAUCUUCUCUUCCUAACUACCUCUUCUUCUGCCAAUCAUCGUUGCCAGUUCACUUCAUCAUGCUAUAUAGCAUUUAACCUUCUACCAAACAAACUUCACGUGCAAGUGAGCAUGAAGACUUUGUGUAUGAAGUUGCAACUUGUAGUACUUGUUGGAGGUUGCUAACAGUAAAAAGCAAAGAUUGUUUAAAAUGGUUCAAUUGGCAAAGGACAUUGGAUUGGGGUGAUAUAAGAUGCAAUAAGACCUUGGACUCUGACUAGACUAACAUUUUGGAUUUUAGUUUUGUAUAUAGAAACCAUAUUGAUCCCUGCGUUACAAUUCUGUUCUCUUCUUUCGGAAUGGAAAAUAGGAUGGAGCUUCAUGCAAUACAAAGAAAUGGCAAUAUAAUUUGUAAUAUUUCAAAGCAAGCUAUUGAAGAAACAAGAGAAACCGAGUCGGAUGAAAGAAAAAAUGUCAAAGAAUUUUCUUCUUAUACUGAUGAAACGAGGACAAUAUCUGUUCCUGACAUAAGUGGAGAGUUUAGUUUAAAACUUUCUAGAAUGUGUCUGACUGGAGGACGAAUUGGAUGUUUGAAGAAAAAGCUUCUCAUUCUUGAUAUAAACGGGUUGCUUGCAGAUGUAGUUUCUCCUCGUCCAAAAGAUCACAAAGCUGACAGAAUUGUGGCAGGACGAGCCAUAUUCCAGAGACCCUUCUAUACUGAGUUUCUGAAAUUCUGCUUUGAGAAAUUCGAAGUUGCUGUAUGGUCUUCGAGAAAAAAAAAAAAUGUUCAACGAAUCCUUGAUUAUUUAAUGGCAGACAUGAAAGAGAAGUUGCUCUUUUAUUGGGAUGCUUCUCAUUGUACAGGAACCAAUGUCAGAACUAUGGAAAACAAGCACAAGAAGGUGUUGUUUAAGGAUCUGAGGAAUGUUUGGGAGAAACGCUAUCCUAAUCUUCCUUGGGAGAAAGGAUAUUUCAACGAAUCGAACACGUUGCUGUUGGAUGAUUCUCCGUACAAAGCAUUGCUGAAUCCUCCACACACCUCAGUCUUUCCUCUUUCAUUCAGUUAUCAGAAUAAGAGUGACGACAAUUCACUAGCUGAUGGAGGCGACCUGCGAGAAUAUCUAAAUGGAUUGGUGAAUGUCGAAAGUAUCCCAAACUAUGUCGAGGAACAUCCAUUUGGACAAGAACCAAUUACUAAAACUAGUCCUUCUUGGAACUUCUACCUCCAAGUUCUUGAUAGCCUUUUUGCUUCUCAACUUGAAGACAAUGUCUCUGCUAACUUAAACAACCAAGUGCAUUCUUCCUAUUGACUUAUCCAAAUCCUAUAGAUUUUCUAUUAUCUAUUUUUUAUAUUUUCAAAGCAAAUGGAGAUAUAGAAGGGUCUUGAUUUUUCUCAUCAAAUAUACAACAAUUGUUUCAUGAAGCAUCAAUUUUUUUUUUUUGUUCUCUUAACAUUGUUGUAAAACUCUUUAAUUAAAGGUUAGUUUGGUACAAAAAGGGUAAAAAUAGAGGAGAAAAUUUCAAGAGUUAGAUUUAUGAGUAAUGUAUUGUUAUUAUA